GCAACCAUCAGGCACUGAACUGUAAACAUCUCUGUGUACCAGCCUCCGUGCGCUAGCGGUGCUUAAAUAAAUCAUGAAUUUCUCAUCUGUUAAGUGAUUAUUCGUUUCUACUCGCCCACUAAACGGGGAAGGAUAAAAUGGGGCCUACGAUCAGACUACUUUGAUCGUUCAAUAACUUCGGGAUAUAGGGAAAUGAGCACUUGAGUUAUUGUUGACAACUUAAACACAGUGUGGAUACGACGCACUUGUUUUCAAAAUGUUGGUGCGAAGUAGGAAGUAUGAUAACGAAACAUUGGACGUUAUCAACAAAGGAUGUCUCGAUCUUUAUGACGGAAUAGCGUGCGGCAGGGUUAGCAUUUUAGCUCUACUUUGCCUCCUCACGUUCUUCUUGAUCGUCUUAAAACUAAUAAAAUACCAUGCGUGCAAGCACUCCCAGAUGCAUCACUAUGCAAUAUUUUACGUAUCGGGGAUAAAAUGUAUUAUUUGUGCCACAAGUUUCAUUAUUGGCGUACGAUAUCCUCAGCUGGAUUUCACUGCAAAUUUCCUAAAACUAUUACAAUUCAUUCUGAUAUGCCAUCUUCAUUGGUCAUCUGCGGCCAGAGCUCGGCAUAGAGAUGACAUUGUCCAGCACGUCGUCAACCCAGUCCUGUCCCUUUAUAUACUCUAUUGUACCACAGUGGUUUUAAUGGGCAUGGUCGACAUUAGUGGAACCUGGACAGAGUGCCUUCGUCCCUACUGGCUCAUGCUAUCAAGCGCAGAUUUUAUUACUGUUCAAAUGUUUGCAGUCGUUGCUCUCUACCUAACACAUAGCAACAAUCGAUCUGUCAUUUCAACACUCAUGCUGCCUACUGCUUCAUCUCAAACUAGAGACCUGUGGCUUGUCACGGCCGUUUAUGAAAUCUCCGCAGUUGUUUCUGUUGUCUUUGACGCUGUCAUGUCAUUGUUGGGCAGAGAAGAAACUGGUUGCAGCGGUAUUUACAAUCAUGCACAAAUCUACUACAGUGCAUCAAUUGUGGUAGUAAUGAUUCUAAAGUACCUUUUACCGACCUGGACGUUACUCUCUGUUUUUCAACCAGCUCGUGUGAAGUCAAGACCAUCUGAAGUCGCUUUGACUUCACACUACAAUACAGAUGGAACUUGUUACAAUCAAUAUCGAAGAAUGUUCUUUUCUCAAAACGGAGGACAACCAACGUCAAUGUCGUAUCCAACAAUUCCUUACCCGUCCGAACCUCCGAUGUAUGAAGGAUUUUGUGAUUACUCGUAUCCCGACAGUUCCCCCGACGAAUCGCCAACAAUUGACCAAAGAAAAGGGGUAGACAUUGAUGAUGCUUAUGAAAAACAUUUUAUCAGCAUUGAUCAGCAUAGAGAUUGUAUACUUGGUAACCAGUACAGAAUUGAUAACAAUAGACGAAACUUGCAACGAAGUUUAGACAUGGAUGAUGAUAAUGAUGAAAUUGACAAACGAGCCGCACUUAAAAACAGUAAUUUAACAACGAUUAGCGAAGAGGGUAGUAAUAACCUUGAAAGCCCUCAAGAGUGAUCGGUUGCUCAACAAUUCUAAGUCAAACCAGUACCCUAGUUUUAAAAGUGCCUAAUACGGUUAGUGAGUUAUUGUGCUACACAGUUGUAACGUAUCAACUACCAACCAUGACGAAAAUGGUUAGAAGUAAUAUUCGGAAAUGCUAUGCACACAUUUGCGAGUCACUUUGCGGAUGCGAUAGCAUCGACCAUUACUUUUACGUCUCGUGAUAGUACUUUUGUCGUUGAAUGCGGAAUGCGUGAAUCAAUUUUGAAUCGAUCGAUUUAAUGUACUUUUUUUUUCACCAACGCUAUAUACGUAUGUGAUAUCUACAUCAAUGCAUAUGUAAAUAUAGAGGUAUGCAAAUCUAUAUGCAAAUUUGUUGAUAAUAGAUGAGUUCGGUAUUUCACUCAAAAUGCUUACCGUUCAGAUAUUUUCAAGUAUGAAAACAUUCGUGGUGAGAAUCUCUAGGAGUCUGAGCUACUUACUAAACUCAGCUAAUGCAUGACUAAUCAUAGGAACUUUUUAAAGGGCUUGUAACAUUGGCGAUACUAGGAGAAUAAGUUUACGAAAUUGAAUCGAAACAAUUUUACAUAAACUUGUAUCAUAUUGAUCUGAAGUUGAAAACAUAAGACUUGUUUGGUAUGAAAUUAACGUUAGAGAUAGAAUUAGACGUUCCUGUAGAAAAUUGAAAUUUUUUUUAUGAAAUGUAUUUUCGACAGGUAGUAUAAUAGUUUUUCAAAUUCAUCCAAGGUUUUUUUUUUUUUUGUUUGUCAGCUGAAAGUCCUGACAUUUACCGUGUAAACUGUUGCAGAGGUUAUUCCAAAAAUAAGCUGUGAUUCGUUUUCUAAAGAUUGAACAACGAAAAAAAGAAAUAAGUUGCAAAAGCAUUCUGUAUAUCACAGAAGUAAAUUUUUCGGCGAUUCUUCGAUUGAUGUAAAUACGAUGUGAAUAUAGAACCGUCGUUAUUGGAUGAUCUAUAUACAUUUAUCAAUAAUUAGCUGUGAAGUAAUCGUAUCGCUAUUGUGUAACGUAGUUUUAAUUACCUUAAAAUAGAAUACUUCCAUACUCUAUAUAUGUAUAUGAACAACGUGCAACAAGUUUGGUUGCUUUGUUUCAAGACUGUCUUCAUGGAGAAUUAUAAGUAAUUAACUGCUAUAAGAAUCUAUGACAAUUAGGAGUUAAGUAAUUACGAAAAUAGAGGUGAAUUUUCAACUAUUACGUUCUUAGCUUGCUAAUUAUAGUUGCAUAUAGUUAUAAUUGGUUCUAGUAAAGAGUAUCUUUAUUUCUCUGAUAAUUUUAAGCAACGACUCUCCAGUCCAUAAUAGCUCGAUAUCGAAUUUUACUGUACGUACAUAGAUAUAAUCGUUGUUUUAUAUCAUUUA